AUGUCCCAAGCACAGUCAGCAGAGUCUCUAACUAGAUUGCUCAGAUCCAAAGAUGAAGAAUUGGCGACGAUCGUAGAGACUGCUCAUAGGGUGUUGCAGGGCUCAUUUGACGUUUACUUCCCCAGAAAGCAGGACUUUAUCCUAAAUCUACUCAUUGACAGAUUGAACGAUCGGUCCCCAAAUUCGAAAUUCAAGGCAUGGAAAUACAAUGCUGACGUCUGGAGCUUGCUACAAGAUACGUGGGAUGCAGCAGAGACUCACUCGAAGGACAAGACCAUUCAAAAUUUGAAGCUCUGGGAGAUCAUCGCGGAAAUCUUUGCCAACUCGAGAUCGAGCCUAGCCACGGCAGAGUGUUUGGCAACAGUCUACCGGGUGGUGCUCGCGUUGACUAAAUACAAAUACAUUGAGGUUGACGAAACUACUGGCUUGUCGCUUCUUGCAAGCUUCCUAAAGGCGGUGCAUGCACGCGAUUUGAACUUGAACCUAGACAAAUGGGCUGAGCUUAUUUGCGGGGUGUACUUGCGGGCGUCCUUGAAACUCAACCACGACUCGGCAAAACGACUGUUUCAAAAAUUCUUGGACGAGUGCCUCCCCUUGUUGAUGGAGGCCCUCGCCAUUAUGAGUUUAGACUCGAACUUCUCCAAGAGUAUGAAAAACUUGUUGGUUGCCAAAAUGUUUUCUCCCCAGCUGGUGGAGUACUUGCCCAAAUGUCUUGAAAAGGGCUUGACAAAAAUGAACUUGAGUACUCAAAACAUUGAGCGGUUCUACGAGAUUGCAGUAGAGCAACUUGCAACAAGCAAUAUGAAAGAGUGCGAAGCAAUGUACAACAUUCUCGUGGCUAAAAACGACUCUUUGGCUGAACCCUUGUUGCAAAAAUUGGUUGCUUGCAACAAGAAAAAGAUCAUCUCGCUGGAUUUCAUAUCUGCAAUAUACAAGCAAGAAAUUGCCGAUAAAAAGUUUAUCGACUUGAACUGGGCAAUGGUUAAAUACAUAUUCGAGAUUGAUAGUGAGCUCGCUACAAAGAAAUCAAAGUUUAUAUUUGAAAAAUACAACUCCUCGUUCAAGAUUGAUGGCAAAAUUCUACCAGUUGCAAAAGUGAUUGUGUCGGCGUAUGCAAAGAACCGUGAAUUGGCCGAUUUUUUUACCAAGGUCUGGCCCAAGGCGAUUCGUGCUGAUGAGUUGUGGGAAAGCCCCGACUUUAUUGCUUUUGUUGCUGAGACUGUGCCGACUCUUUCCGCAAAGCAGCUAAAGGCACUAGUGGAGGAAUCGUUAAAGUUGGACUCGAGUUUUGAAAUGUCCAUCAUUAUAACGGCCAUCACGCGCGGCUUGAUACUGUGCUCGCCAACUUUGACCGAGCCCUUGCGACUGGUAUUUGAGGAAAACAAGCAAGCGUUUGAGAGUGGCAACGGUUUUUGGCAAAUCAACUAUAACUUGCUUUGUCUAUACAGAUUGCUGUUUGACGGGAUGGAAAGUGUUGUGGAUGAGCAGCAGAUUGAUGAGCAGGUGGAUCUAUAUUACUACUACACGUCAUUCCGACUAGUUGAGUUGGGGAAGAAAAAUGAAAAACUACUGGAAAACUUGCAGUCCCGUUUUAUCAAUUACCUCAAUGCAUUUAAGUCGGAGGAUUCGCUGUUGGUGAGUAAAGUAUUCCAAAGAUGGUUUGUCAUCUUCGACAAUCACUUUAGCAACUCAAAUUUAGCAAAACUAAUCCAUAUUGCAAUUCUGCUGGGUGGCGCUCUAUCCAGCAUUCCCGAUGACUUUUUUGAGAACCGCAGAAUCGUUACUUUUUUGAUUCGGAAAUUGCUUCAGGAGCCCGACUACAGUAUCAUCAUUAGAAUCCCCCUCGCGUGCUACACAAAGGAGUUGAAACGAGCAAUGUUGAACACACUCACAGACAAGUGUGUGCAACAGCAGCACCCAUCCAUCGAGGUCAUCGAUUGCAUAAGGCUAUUUUUGAGCGAGCCAUCCACGCACUCCCAAAUCGAGCAAGAUGUGGAUACUCUUUUGCAAGUGGUGCAAAAUGCACAAUCAGUUUCUCAUUCAAAGGCAUUGGAAAUAGCAAAACUUGUGUGGGAUGCAAACUUGAAACGGUUGCUGCACGAGGAAAGCAACCCAUUUGUGGACAAUGCAUUGAGGAAACUUUUGGAUUCGCUUUUGAGUAAAGCUAAGGGACCUGACUCAGCUGAAAUGGAGCUCAUAUUAACAAUAGUUGAGAACUCAAACAGCAACAACAACUCGGCGUUUUUGUCCAAGGUGAGUCAGCUUAAGAUGUCAUUCAUCACCUAUUGUGCAGAAGCUGUGCAACAAAGUGAUGACCACGAGAUUUCCAUGCGGUACCUUAAAGGGCUUGCUGCAACUUCUGAUGCUGAUAGUUUACCGUUCAACAAAGCUUUGGAAAUACUGAAAAAGAUCCACACCAGUUUGCCGAAAAACUCGCAAGCAAACACCGCAGUGCUCAAGCUUCUCAGCAAAACAAUGCCUCUAACGUUGGAUCAUUGCGUUUACUUUUUGGGUCUUUACUUGGCCACCUCGUGCAACAAUGUUGAAGAAAUCAGAGUAAUCGGCGACUUUUUAACCAGGGUGUCUGAAGACUCCGAGUUGUAUUCAAACCUCCUCCAUGCAUUUACCGAGUCCGCGUUGAAGGAGAACCAUCUGAAGUUUUCAAACCAAAUCAUUGCGGCUGCUACAUCAUUCUUGACUUCUUUUUCCACCACCAAUACCACAACCACAACCACAACCACAACCAACCGAUUGGCCACGGAAUUAUUCUGGCUCUUGGCUGCAUUUACCGAGCCCAUAUCAAGUGAAACGGCAUGUGGGCUUUUGACAACAGUACGGAACCUACUUUCCACACGAUCUAGUUUUUUCAACCAAUUCAUCCUCGAGUUGACAUUGGAGCUCUCCACCACUAUACUCUAUAAACUACAAGAACCAAGUCCCGAGGAAAUCGGAAAAGUUUACAUUGCAGCGACGCAGCUAGUUUCAAGCAUUUUGUUGCACCACAGAUACAAGUUGUCUACACGCCAUCAUCUCCUAAUUAGCGUCUUGUCAACCUUGUUGAGCUUUUUGUGCCUGUCCAGCGCGUUGGGAGAUAGCAUUGAAGGGGCAGCAGCAGCGGCGGCAUAUGCGAGGUUAUUGCACAAUUUGUGUGAGCCAUCGGAGCGUAUAUCCGAUACUCCAACUGACAUGAACUCGUCCUCGAGUCUAACAACCUCUGCAAACGUGCAUAAAAAGUUUUUGCGCGGCCAUUUGGGUGUCCUUUUGCAGAAUUGCAUUUACUUUCAGUUGAAGUUCACUUUUAGCAAAACAGUAGGCGACGCAUUAUCCAGUGGCAUUUACAGUAUCUUUGACGUUUUAACAAACAAGGAGCUACAGAGCGUCAACGCAUCCUUGGACUUUGGCGGCAGGACGCUUUACAAGAACUUGUACAACGACUACUUGGAAAGGGGAAAAUGGAAGAAUUAG